AUGCCAUCCAUGCGCGCGCUCGAGCGGCUCGCCUCGUGGCCUGCGCCGCUGCCGACGCCGACGGCGGCGGUGGGGAAGGCGAGGGCGGGGCCGUGCCCGACGUCGGCCACCUCGCCCUCGUCGUCUUGUUCCUCGGCCUCCGCGGCGGUCGGGAUGCCCGCGGCGGUGGGGGGCGGGGCGGGUGCGGGUGCGGGUGCGGGGGCGCGCGUGUACCCGCUGCGGGACUUCCCCGGGAGGGAGGCGGCGGCGCUGGGGGGCGCGUUCAGGGACAACGUGCGGUGGCUGCUGAAGCAGUGGGGCGCCGCAGCGGCGGGUCCUGGGUCGUUGUCGACGACGGCGUGGCGCGCGCUCCUCUCGGAUGACCGCACCGGGGCCGUCGUCCCCAUCUUCGCCGUCGAGGAGCUCGUCGCGUCCUCGCCCGCUCCGCUCUGCAAUUACUGCCGCUGGGCGGGUUGGAGCCACCAUUGGGUGUCAAAGCGGAAGUACCAUUUCAUCAUUCCAGCGGACGCCAACUGGGACCGCCAGAUUAGCGCUGAUGUGAUCCUUGGACGCAAUGACCACCUCCUCCAUGGUCUGAUCCACAGUAAUGGUUUUGGUCACCUUGUCAUGCUCCGCGGUCGCAAUGGCGGCUCUGCUGCCCUAUCUGGCCGUGACAUCAUGGACAUAUGGGAUCGCCUCUGCUCUUCUCUCCGUGCCAGGGCCGUGUCUGUGGUGGACCUUUCCCAGAAACGCUCUCUGGACCUUCGGCUCCUGCUCAGUGUGGCACAUGGUGAGACAUGGUUCACCCGAUGGGGAUUCUCCCUUGCCAGAGGUUGCUUCAGUGUGUCUACCUUGACCUAUGCAGCUUCUGUAGAAGCCUUGGCUGCCCUGCCUGUGGACUAUCUCCGCAGUCGCCAUGUCCGUCGUGUGGUCAACAUUUACCGCCGCCUCUCCAACAAGCCUCUGGUUACAGUCCGUGAGUUCCUCCACUGCCUCCUUGACUGGAAGCACCUUGAGCCACCCCUUUCAUUGCCUCCUGUGAAGACAUGCACACGGCUGCAAUUCAUGCUGCCUAAGCCAUCUGUAAUAAAGAGACACAGGCAGCAGCCAUGCCAGCGCUUUGAGGAUGUGGUUGACCUGCUCCAUUGUCGCUGGUCCAAGAAGCGGCUUCUCAAUGCUGCAGAGGUUGUUGUUGACAGGCUACUAGAGCAUGGCAAUGGUGCAGAGAUGACACGGCAGGCAGUGCGAGAUGCAGCCAGGGGCGCUAUUGGUGAUACUGGUCUCCUUGACUUUGUCAUCAAGUCCCUUGGCGACACCAUUGUUGGUAACUAUAUCGUGCGACGUGUGCCUGAUGCGGAAACACGUGUGCUCCAUUUUAGUCUUGAGGAAUAUGAAGAGUCAACACCGGCACCUUUGGAUGUUGAGGUAGAGUGCACACCAUCGCCGCCUGUGGUACGGUGGCCGAGCAUAUUGGAAGUGGAGCGAGAUCUUCGUGCUGUGUACCGGGCAAUGGUCGAGGCGUGCAGUGAGGCAGCACAGUCUGUGCUGGACUGCAAGCACUGGGUGAAGUGGUGGGGCCUUGGGGAUGAGUCAGAUGACCAGCUGAGGUUUUUUGUUGAGUGGCAACCCAAGCCUUGGGAGGCUGCUGAGCUCACACGGCCAAUGCCACCGGGGGAGAUUGUAGUGGUGCCACUCCAUGCAUCCAUGGGUGAGCUCCUUGUUGAGUCGGAGCAUGCGCUGCGGGACACUUACUGCUUCUUUGAGGAGUUCCAGGCUGAGGUAUUGCAUGGCAUUGCUGGGGAGAAAUGGGAUCCAGUGAUGCUCGGUGGGGCAGAGUCUGGUGACACGAUCAGCGUGUAUGGCAAUGGGGCAGACAUGGAAACGGGGCUGCGGUGCCAGGGCGGACUUGACUUGUGGGAGGUGCGGUGUGUGUGUGGUGCGCGGGAUGACGACGGUGAGCGCAUGGUAGCAUGCGAUGCUUGCGAUGUAUGGCACCAUACACGUUGUGUGGGCAUUGCAGACAGCGAGCAGGUGCCACCGUUAUUUCUUUGUGUGCUCUGCGGUGGUGCGCUCAUGGCGGCUGGACAGAUCAAUUCUUGAAGAGGCACUAACGCCACCUGAACCAAGUGACCAUUCUAUUCUUUUUCUCUCUUACUUCCCUUCGGUUCAUAUUUUCAAUGACGAUAGUCUGACGAGGUAACUAGUUCUGAAACUGCAACUUAUUUUGUAAAGCGCGUUGUUUCGGCAGUAUGUAGUGACAUCAAAUGCUAUGUGUAGUAAGUAGUAGAUGGGAAGCGGGUUUAGACAGUAGAUUGGGGGAAGCCCUAUCCAUGUCGUUAGCGAUACGACUGGAAAUUUUGUACCUGAUACACUACAGAAGAUGGUAUAGCUAGAUGUAAAUACAUGUUCUGUGAUUGUAUCUUUUACUGUCACCCAGUCCCAAUUGGUGAAGCUGUACACUGUAAUUUUUUGUGCUAGGCUUACAGUGUAAUUUAGCAUCAGCAAUGACAGAAUUGUAUGGUUCUUCUGUGCUGGUGUUUGGUUUCUUGUCAGCCA